AUUUGGCCAACGUGAAAUGAUCUUAGAGUGCUAUUCCGUUCCACCUACAAGGCCACAGAUGCAGAGUGCUAUUCUUAUUAGAUAUCAAUAAAUCUAAAGCAGGCUCGUGUAGUCUUAGUCUGAUAGAGCUGCGUUUGAUGUUGAAGUGGCAAGAAAGGAAGGCACAUCUACUUACAAGUAAAGCGGCCAUUCCUUUCUUUGGUUCUCUGAUCACCGCCGUGCAACACACUUAAACAUUCCAUCAUCAAUCUAGGACGAGAAAAAGCAGAGCAUAACGAAAAAGGACACUUUCCAAGGAAAGGUUAAGAAUCAAAUACCAACCCUGAACUCCCCCUCGAUCAUGUGUGUUGUAAUAAAAGCCAAGAAUCUUGCAUCUAUUUCGUCUUCCUUUGAGGGCACCCUUUCUCGUUGAUUGUCAAACAAAAAAUGGACUUAGGGAAUCUGACAUUGUAGUUCCUUGUGGACAGGGGAGGUCUCUCAUGGCGGCAAGCUCUCAUGAACAAAGAAUCAUUCGUAUAUCUCAUUGAAAGGGUUAACCCUUUUCACGACACCAUUUGAGUUACAAAAACAAAUUGUGCCAGAGCUUAUCAAUCAUCGGCUCGUGCCUUUUCUACAAAUGGCAUUCGCUCUCCUGCACAAUUCGCCCACCACUUCACCAUUGACAUUUAUGGGUUCCUCACACAGCAACUCUCCAAGGCUCAAGCUCCUCUUCCUCUUCUUCUUCCUGUGUUUUCUUUCCCCCAAUGAUUUCUCGGCCGAUGCGUUUACGGGAACAUACGGAGUGAACUACGGCAGGAUCGCCGACAACCUACCAUCACCCCACAGCGUCGUCACCCUCCUCAAAGCCGCCAAGAUCAAGAACGUCAGAAUCUACGACGCCGACCACCAGGUCCUCGACGCCUUCAAAGGCUCCGGCCUCGAGCUAAUCGUCGGCCUGGGAAACGAAUUCCUCAAAGACAUCAGCCUCGGCGAGGACCGCGCCAUGAACUGGAUCAAAGAAAACGUCGAGCCUUACCUCCCCGGCACCAAAAUCGUCGGGAUCGCCGUCGGAAACGAAAUCCUCGGCGGCACGGACAUCGAGCUCUGGGAAGCCUUACUCCCUUCCGUCAAAAACGUCUACGCCGCCCUCCAACGCCUCAACCUCCACAAGAAGAUCGAGCUCUCCAGCCCUAAUUCCGAAGCCGUCUUCGCCAAUUCGUUCCCUCCUUCCGCCUGCAUAUUCCGACCCGACAUCGCGGUGUUCAUGGUUCCAUUACUCCAAUUCUUCUCCCAAAUUGGAUCCCCAUUCUACAUCAACGCGUACCCAUUCUUAGCCUACAAGAGCGACCCAGAGCACAUCGACCUCAAUUACGCAAUUUUCCAGCCCAAUUCGGGGAUCUUCGACGCCAAGACGAAUCUCCACUACGACAACAUGUUCGACGCCCAGGUGGAUGCGGCCUACGCCGCGCUGGAGAAGGCCGGGUUCGAGAAGAUGGAGGUGAUCGUUUCUGAAACAGGGUGGGCUUCUAGAGGCGAUGAGAACGAAGCUGGAGCCUCGUUGCAGAAUGCCAAGACCUACAAUCGGAACUUGAAGAAGAGGCUGGCGAAGAAGAAAGGCACGCCGUACAAGCCCAAGGAACCGGUGAGGGCUUAUGUGUUUGCUCUGUUCAACGAGAAUUUGAAGCCGGGGCCGACGUCGGAGAGGAAUUUCGGAUUGUUCAAACCUGAUGGGAGCAUUUCUUAUGAUGUUGGGUUCACUGGGUUGAGGGAUUCGUCCGGUGUUGGGAUUCUUCAGGGGCUAGUUUCUAGGUGUUUAUGCUCUUUGGUUCUUGCAAUUGUGCUGCUGAAUUCUGUUUGGUAGUGCGCAUUAUCAGAAAUUGUGUUUGGUAACUGAGUGAAAUGAAUGAGGUUGAUUAAAUAUUGUAGAUCAAGGCAAGGCUUCCAUAAUUAUUGACAUUGUACAGUCGAUUCAGUUAAUCAUUGGACUUCUUUAGUAACUUCUUUUGUCUAUAGGUUUUUACCGCCACUUCCUUUUUAAGGGUUGUGAAUCUCACAACCCCAUAGGAUGGGGAAGUGACCGUAUCCCGCCCCAGUUUUUACCUUACAAUGUCCAGUUCAAGGCGACCACUCAGAUAAUUAGAAAGACUGUGAUAUAACUCGAUAUCUCCGGGUCAAUUGAUUAAGACAAUAAUUAGAAAAAUCAAACAUAUUAGUUAUACAAGGAUUUUAUACGCUUAAAACUUUUAUGUUUCACAAUAUCAUCGAACUAACUCAUUUUUGUCCGUUUGGUUGAUACUUUAUGUACUAAAACUAAUCCAACAGUCUAUAUAAUUUGAUUCAGUUCCAAUCUAGGUUAUUUGAGAAUGAGAUCGCCAUAAAUCUUGUAUAUGUCCUUGAUAACUGACUAGAGAGUUUAUAUUGCAUUAUUUUACUACCACUUUAAUGAAAGGCAAAAUACACC